GCAGCCCCUCUGCCGCGCGAUGAACAACUGUCAUCUCUCCCCACCAUGCCGAAGGCCCUUCCCGCUGUGGGGUUAGCAGCUUGCGCCCUGCAGCUCCUAGAUUUUGCGACUAAGAUCUUGAUCAAAGAUCAUGAGGUCUACCAACCGAGGGUCGGCGCGGGCGUCCAGAACGUCCAGCUGCUACGUGCGGUAACGCACGAGCUCUAUCGGUUAAACGAGGCCCUACACGAAAACAGGUCCAAGAAAACAUUUUACGAGAAGAAAGCCGGCAAGCUCGAAGAUGCCACGCAGCACCUGCUGAGGCUGUGCGAGUCCACCCAUGAAAUCGUAGUUCCCUUGAUCGAUGGGCUGAUUCUAGCGCAAUCAAAAUGUGAAGACGUCGAAGCCACGUGGACGAACCUGAGGGAGCCCCUGAUGACGGUAUGGACCAAAGGCGGUAUCUCAACCCAGAAGAAGAGGAUGCAGGCACAGAGGAAAGAAAUCGAGUUGGCGCUCUUACGCGCUCUGAAGGCCUACCUUGAUCCAUCCUCCGAAAAGGGGCUGUCUGUGAUCCAUCUGGAAGACACGCAAGCUACCCACCGGCAGACAUGGCAACAUGAGGCGGUAGAAGCUAUCAGCACCAAUGACUGGAAGGCCAAAAACAAGAAGCACCUCGAAGAAUUCUCGAAAGUCGUGGACAACUUGAUACUUGCCGACACAGAAGCACGCUUCCGGGAUCUGAUAUUUGCGAGCCUUCACUUUCCUGAGCAGGACGACCGACUCUACAGCAUUAGCAAGCCGAGUGACGAGAGCUUUCAAUGGAUCUGGAACUCACGGCAGCAAGGAAAGGGGAGUUUUCCAGUCUGGUUAGGCGACACCAGUGGUCAGAACGUAUUCUGGCUGACAGGAAAGCCUGGUUCGGGUAAAAGCACACUCAUGAAGUAUCUCUUCCGCAACGAGGAGCUGUUCCCGUUUCUAGAGCGCUGGUCAGGCCACUCUCCCGGCAUCCUAACAGGCUUCUUCCUCUGGAACUGCGGCACAGACUUGCAGAAGACCACAAUUGGUAUGCUCCGGACAGUCCUCUAUGAAGCUUUGCAAGACAUGAUUUUCGGACCGUUGGAAGAGGACGCAAGCAUUGUUCAGAGAAUCUUCAGCGAACGCUGGAAGCAGUUCUCCUCAUACGGUGGCGGCAUACACCCAUUCAAUCUCUCGGAGCUACGAACUGCCUUCGACCUUCUCCUGUCAGACAAGACCAAAAAGUUCCUUCUUAUGAUAGACGGCCUUGAUGAAUUGGACGACGACCCGACUAACGCACUCACUGUCCUGAUCAGUGCGUCCAACCGUGAGAACGUCAAGGUCUGCAUUUCCAGCCGGCCCUCAGUAAUCUAUCAGGCCACAUUUAAGGAUUGGCCUAGCUUAGAGCUCAACAAGUGGACGCGGAGAGGCAUCCAGGAUUAUGUCCUGUAUGCAUUCGAUCAGAACGACACCAUGUUUAACAUUCCGGCCGAGCAGUCAGACGGUACCGAGGAACGUGCGAUUAUAAACACACUCAUUGACAAAGCAAAUGGCGUGUUCUUGUGGGCAUCCCUGGCCACCGAGUUCCUCAUCCAGAGCACGAAGGAGACAGACGAUGUAUCUACGAUAAAAUGGCGGGUGAAUGCGCUGCCACAAGAGCUCGAAGCGCUUCUCAUAUACAUGUUUGACAACCUCGACCCCCAGCACUUUCUGCAGGCAGCCCGACUAUUCCGGCUCGUCGAUGCCCACGGCUAUCCCUCUCUACUGCCUCUCACCAGUGCCUACGACACCGACACGCGAUCCGCCCUCGAAGCAGAGACACGACCUCUGUCGGUCGGCGAAGUGAUGACCCGCUCAGAGAAAAUGCGCAAUGUCCUCGUGUUCAAGUGCAAAAACCUACUCUCCAUCUUCGAAGCCGUGCCCACCGAUUCCCAGCGCACGUCCGUCGAAGUCGCCGACCUCGCCCACUACAAAGUCAACUACGCCCACCGCUGCAUCCGCGACUUCCUCCGCACCUACGAAAUGCGCUCGCGCAUCGCCAAAGCGACCGACUAUGAGAACUUCAUCGAAGAUGAAUACUGGACAAACGCGCACUUGUGGACGCUCAAGACACUCCAACCCCGCGAUGGCAAGCUGCUCAUCUGGGACGCGCUCGCGAACUGCAUGGAGUACGCCCUGCGCCUCGAGAGCAGCGACGACCGCGUCCGCCUGACCUACCUCGACGAAGUCAACGCCACCCUCGCAGAGUACCUCGUCAACCCCGCGACCCCCGUCACAAGCAUGGACCUUCCACCCGGCGCGACCGUAAAUUCCUUCGGCGACAUCGCUGUCCUGCUCAACCUUACGAACUACCUGACCAUCAAGGCGCGCUCGGCGGACAAAAAGGACUUACGGCACGCAAUGGACUACGCACGGGAUGUGCGGAAGAGGCUGGAUGCUGGGGGCUUGGACGCGUUUUUGGGGAAGAGGGGGAAGCUGAGAGAAUCUUAUGAAAGGGUUGACGCAGAUUUGGCGGGGCUGCUGGAGUAUCAUACGAGGAGCUCGUUGAAACUGGGGAGCCCGAAGAUUACAAGGGAUAUGCCGGAGUGGGUGUAGGGGCGCCUACGCAUGGAGAAAUGGCCAGAAAUACAUACAAGAAGGAGUAGAACCGGGCGGGGCAGGGUCGAACGAGCAUUUGCAGGCGUUGAGCGUGAUACCAAUUGCAAUCGAUCGUUGAUCUUCUGGGUGGAUGGCUUUGAGGACUGAGCGGUGGUUAGUGCAAGGCAGGGCGCAAGCACAUGCGGUGGGACAGCCCGCCAGACUAGUGCACUGUCAGAAUCCUAGGCCUCCUGUACGCUUUCUCUGCAUCUUCGCCCACGUCGUGCUGCGCUCGUUCUGAGCGCACGUACUGCACGUCGGAUCUGUAUUACAGACCCCUUCCACAGCACCGCCGCUCUAGCACAGCCCAACCUACCCAGCUCGAACAUGUCCCAGACGCGACUCGCUGCCCAUGCUCGAGGCUCCUCGCUCGGCACGCCUUCCGUGCCGUGGGCCUCGGAAACAACAA